AUGGAGGCGACAACCAUGCUGGUCCAAAGCCCCAUCACCCACGUCAUUUUCGACUUCGACGGGCUCUUGGUAGAUACCGAGAUCAACUACACCUUAGCGAACGAUAUGAUGUUGAAGCGCUAUGGAAAGCAAUUCACGAUCGACCUGAAGAAAGGUCAGAUGGGUCGCAAGCAUGAUGAGGCGAUUCAAUACCUUCUCGAUCAGACGGGGAUUUCACACCUGGUGACGGUACCGGAAUAUUCAAAGGACUACGACUCUUUCCUCUUCGAAAUGCACAAGAAAUCGCCGGCCAAAGCUGGCGCUGAACGGCUCGUGCGGCAUUUAGUUAAUUCAGGAAUUCCCACUGCGAUCUGCACUGGCUCCGAUACAAAGGAUUUCCCGGUGAAAGCGGAUCUGCACAAGGAUUGGGUUGAUCUGAUUCCCCUAAAAGUCUUAACUGGUGACGAUCCGAAGGUGCAGCGCGGAAAGCCGUUCCCCGAUGGUUUCUUGGAGACGAUGCAACGUUUUCCAAUCGCACCUGCUUCCCCGAGCAAUGUUCUGGUGUUUGAAGAUGCUCCAAACGGCGUGAAGGCCGCGCUUGCCGCCGGUAUGCAUUGCGUGAUGGUGCCCGAUCCACUCUGGCGACCAGAUGCCGAAUUUGCUGCGACGAUUACGCAGCCUCACGUUUUUGGACUGCCAAACUACGCGGCA